AAUGCUCUGCUGCCUUUGAAUUUCUUGAACAGAUUUGGCAAUGACCACAAAAAAAAUAGAGGGCCCUUUUUCAGCCGACGCCAAAGACAACAACAUAUAACCUUUACACACAAUGGCUAGCAAACGACUGUUUUCAGAGAAAAUCUUGGCACGCUUAUCCAAAUCACUGACAGAGGCUGAUGUCAAGCCUCAAUUUGUAUUCAACGAAGCCAAACAAAAGGGAUUCUGGCGACCUCCUCAGGUCAGCCUGCGUGUCCAAAAUGAUUUGCGCAAGGCAUGCAUUCAGCAAGGUGUCGAUCCACUUUCCAUUGGCUUACCCUCUGUACAACCACGAAAACCUCUUCGAACGAAACCAAACAAACUUGAGAAACACGAACGUACACGUUCAGAACGUCAGGAAAACAUUCGCAAAAAUCUCGACAAAAUGCCACAAACCAUUCAAGCAUGGAAGGAGGACAAACUCAAGGAAGCUGCGAAACAAAAGACAUCAGUGCCAUUCUAAUAACAAAACCCCCAUCGCAUACAUAUAAACCAUGUAUAACUUUGUAUAGAGAUCCAACAAAUAAUAAACAAAGA